UAUAAUUAUAAAUAUAAUGGCACAAUAAUCAUAAGCAGUAGCAUAUGCAGCACUUCUCUUAGCAGCUUCAAAUACUCCAUUAACAGUUGAUAAUGUAGAAAAAUUGACAAAAAAAGUAUUGAAAUAUUUGAAAUGAUUUACAGGCAGGUGUAAAUGUUCCAAAAUAAUUGGCAGCCGCAUUUGUUAAAGCUUUCGAGGGUAAAGACAUUAUGAGUUUACUCUCUGUUGGAGGAGGAUCAAGCUCAGCACCAGCUGCUUAAACAACUUAAGCUGCUGCUAAACCAGCUGAAGCUCCUAAAGCUGUUGAAAAACCAAAAGACCCAGAGCCUGAAGAAGAUGUUGAUAUGGGAGGUUUGUUUGAUUGAAAUCAAUUACAAUAGUACAUUCAUAAUAUAUUUUAACUUUGCA